AUGCCUCAGGCGAGGCGACGAAAGCCGCACCGGGCGGCGCCCGGUCACAGCAGUGCGACUCCAAAUCUAGACAGCCAGAGACCUUCGCUUCCCGCUCGGGCUGAUGCAGUCUCCGCAGACUCCGAGAAUCUCGAGCGUCGCCCGUCGCCGGCCUCUCUCCUGCAUCCCGCCCUGAAGCAUCCGGCGGGAGUCCAUCAGACCGCUUCGACCGCCAUUCCCACGGGAAUUACUUCCAUUCCCACGGGAAUUACUUCGAUUCCCGCGGGGAUUACUUCCUUUGACGACAGAAGUCCGUCGGCGGGGUGUCGGCGGCCAUCGCCUAGCUCCUUUCCUUCCUCGACGGACGCGUCCGUCGCGUACUUCUCUGCUGAAGCAGGCCCUUCGACCGCUCCCCGCGCGCUCGCGUCCGGCCACGCACUAGGAACGCCUGCACAGAUCCCUGGCGACUCCCGCCACGCGCCGUGCAAAGGCAAGGCAGACGCGCAACCUCGAGACAGCACGCAGUGCCCGUCGUCGCUCAGCGGCCUCCCGAGCCCCGCUACAGUUCUCCUGUCCUGCGGCGCGGUCGUGCUGACGUGGCUCCAAGACCCCCUCGUGACUCUGGUCGCCUCAGCUGUCACCGCAGCUUCCCCUUCGCUGCCUGUCUCCGCAACGACCGACGCGGCGCUCGCAGAGACUCUGGACAGCGCGGCGGCGAGCCGCAAUGUGGCAGUGGCUGCUGUCGGCGUCAGUGGGCAACUGUGCGACGGUCUCGCAGCCUUGACGAUCGGAAUCGGCAUUGCAACGGCGGUCUUGUGCUCCUCGGCCUCAAAGAAAAACGAAACUUCGUCAGAGGCUGUGAACACGGCCUCCAUUCGAAACGCGCCCUCGCCGCUCCAGUCUGACUCCGAAAACCGCGCUGUACCUGUUGCCGGUGCACUGCGUUCGGAGGAUGGCUCCACGGCCAAACUGCGGACCGAACAGCAUCGCGGAGGCUUUGACUCGAGCGAAGACGCAGCCUCAAUUCCGAAACGGAGUGGUGCGCCUGGCGACUCGCGAGACAUCAUCUGCCUCAGGAAAUGCAUUGUGGGCGUGUGGAUCAGCGCGUAUACCGGUGCACUCCUCAGUCUGCUCCUCUUCUUCGCAAUGGGCUCGUUGCUAGCCUUUUUCUUUUCGGCGUCUUCGUCCCCUCUUCUGCUGUUUCUUACACGCAAGUGCAUCUCGAUCCGGCUGCUCUCGCUUCCCUUCUCGAUCAUCUCCCUGACGACGAAGGCCGCACUGCUGGCCCUGCGGGAUCCUCUUCCUCCUAUCCUGUCCGCCGUUGCCGCAGCCGCCUCCAUUCCGCUUCUCCUCGUUGCCAGCUUCUUCUCUGACUACCUGCGGUCUCUCAGCGACGCUGCGUCGUCCUUUCUUCCGUCGUGGACGCAAGACCUGUCCCCCCCUUUCGCAGCCGAAGAGCCCUCGCGACUCGCUGCACAGGUUUUCGAGAACGGCCUGACAGCAGCAGAAGCGGCGGACUACCACCGAAUUCGGUCCUUUGCCUUCAUUGUGGUCUUCACCCAGAUGACUGUGGCGUUCCUUCUUCUCGGGCGACUCCUUCAACUAACGCUGGCGGCUGUUAGAAGCCAGAGAGAUACUGGGGCGGAGGGAGGCGCCCAGGAUGCAGGCACGACAGAGUUCGAGAGACGCGAACGUUCGAAGGGAACAAACCGGUUUCUGCAGCAUCCAGAAGGAAAGGAUACACCGUGUAAGCAGACGGAGGACGAGCGGAGUUUCUUGGUAACAUUGCUACAGCUGCCGACAAACCUGGAGCUUCUGGAGUUCUCCCCCUUCCUCGCGAGUUGCCUCGUCCAGAGUUUUGUCAGAGUUGUUCUCUACUCCACCAUGAUGAAAGUCGCCGCGUCUUGGGGGGUCAAAGCCCUCGCGGCUCAUCAGGUUGCCUCGAGUGUUUACACGGUUCACGGCCUGCCGUGUGAAGCAUUGGCACAAGUCACCCAGUCCGUUUUGCGCAACGCAGAAUGUCUGGCUUCCGAAACCAGCGGGGCGGCACCGAAGCAAGCGGCGUCGGCAGACGGUGCGCGGCCCGCAUGCACGGGACACGUCCCUUCCGAAGGUCGCGACCGUUCCGCGUCCGUGUCGGAGAAGCGCCCGACGACGCAGGGUCUUCUCUGUGGCGGCAACAGUCUAGUCUGCGGGACAAAAGAAAGCACGCCGCUCGACUUGACCGCGCGUCGCGCUGCAGUCAUGCGCCGCGUGCACCGCCGACUGCUCUGCACAGCGGGAUGGAUGGGGCUCGCUGCGGCAGCGUCGGCUGCUUGUGUCGGCGUCUCGUUCUGCUUUCGUCUGCAUUCCUCGAGCCGCGGCUUGGCUGUGACUCUGCUGGCUCUCUGCCUCGCCAGCACGCCAGCCCUCGCCGUCCUGCCUGUCACUGCCGCUCUCGAGGGCCUUCUUCUUCACGCGAAGCGACUGCGAACGAUCGCGUGUGCCUACGUGGUGUCGCUGCCUUUGCCGCUGGUGCUUCUGCUGCACGCGCAUGUCUCGGGGCCUGGCGACAGGGAUCACCAGGCUGUCUCGGCUGACGGUGAGCCUCCUGGCGCGUCGCCUGGAGAACGUGACGCCGGAGACGCCUACAACGACGCUCCAAGCUACGGUGCGGCCCUCGUGUGGCUCUUGCCUCUCGUGUACAACAUCGGAAGAGCCGGAGUGUACGGCCUUGCGUGGUGCCGCGCGCGGUACGAAGCUGAUGUGGCAGAAAAGGAGAGGAUGGCCAGCCAACAAAGCAGAGGCGAUGCCCUAUGUUAG